UCCUCCAUCUCUCUCUCUCUCCAUACAGCUCGUCAGUGAAUGAGUCCAGUCAGACACAAGCUGUUAAACAGCACAGCCUCUCUCUCUCUUUUCUCUUUUUCUUUUUCUUCCUCUCUCCUCGUCUCUCGCUCUCGCUCUGUCCUUUCCCGUCUCAGGAGCAGACAGUCAGUGGAGCAUCGGCACGGCAACGGAGCGCCACAGGACUGACGGUGGAAAGAGAGAGGAAGACGGCAACACAACAUCAAGAACAUUUACCCCACAACAUUAGCUGCACAUCAAAGCAGAAGCAACAGAUUGCACCUCCUCUGCAAUUGUUGCUGCAACUGAUGCUCUCCCAGCUGAUCUGGGCUUGGAAACGAAGCAUUUUUUGCAACAUCUCCUGCAGCUGCACGUCUGCUGGAUUUUUGAAAGUCAGUUUAUUUGGCGUGAAAGCUCUGACAGAGCACGAGGGGAUGACAACGCUGAGCAACAGCAAGGAAAACCUUUGAUUCAGUCGGGGAGCAACACGUUUCAAGCUGGGCGUCAACAUCACCUCUACCACCACCAGCGUCUCCUCCCAUCUUCUAUCCUUCACCGGGGAUCUGAAGAAGAAGACCAGCCGUCCGAUCUGUGAAUGCACAAGCAGGAGGAUGUUAGACUGACAUGCAGAGUUCAUAAAGUGAGUAAAGAUCAGGUUUUAUCAGCGUGAAGACUUGCAACCGGUCAACAACAAGUUCAUCAGACAAUCUGAGGACCAAAAGGGACGAACAGGACGAUGUACACCAGCCUGAGAACCGAAGCAAAGCAAGAAUUCAAAAACUAGAGCAGCAAUGACAAGGAGAGAGAUUCAACCCUGCUACGCAGCACCGCAGAUAGAUGUUGAGUUAGAAAGAGCAUAAACAAAGAUCUCAUUUAUCAGAGGACUUCACCUCAACAAGAGUGAGCAACCAACUGAGAGAUCUCUUACUUCACGAGGAUGAUUUUGCACCAUCUGGGCUGACAACAUCAAAAUCUUUCUUUGACGUUAACUUCUGCCGCCACUAAGUUUCCGCACCGUCUGUAUUUGGUGUGAGCACCUUUUGGGGGUUCUCGUUCAACUCUUCUGAGGUGGAUCUGCCGUGGGGGGCAGCUGACAGCUAUCCAAGACGCCGCGAGCCGUACUCCGCGUGAAGAAUGCCCAGCCGCGCUUGGCCAAGCCGGCCGACCCGGGCCCGACGCCGGGCCUGUACAUGGAAAGAUCGCAGAGCCGCAUCAGCCUGUCGGCAUCCUUCGAGGCCCUCGCCAUCUACUUCCCCUGCAUGAACUCCUUCGAUGAGGACGAUGGGGUUGAUACAGAGGGCAGGAAGUUGAAGGGAGGCAUCCAGAGGAGCACAGAGACGGGUCUGGCUGUAGAGAUGCCGAGCCGGACCGUCCGCCAGGCCAGCCACGAGUCCAUAGAGGACAGCAUGAACAGCUACGGCUCCGAGGGCAACCUCAACUACAGCGGCAUGUGUCUGGCAUCGGAUGCACAGUUCAGCGACUUCCUCGAUGGGAUGGGACCGGCCCAGUUUGUCGGGCGACAGACGCUGGCGACCACAUCCAUGGGUGACGUAGAGAUCGGCCUAAUGGAGAGGAACGGGGGCCUGGAGGUGGAGGUCGUCCAGGCCAGAGGACUCACCAUGAAACCAGGUUCAAAGGGACCUCCAGCGGCCUACAUCAAAGUUUACCUUCUGGAGAACGGGAGCUGUGUGGCCAAGAAGAAGACCAAGUCAGUGAGGAAGUCUCUGGAUCCUCUCUACAACCAGGUCCUGGUCUUCUCUGAAAGCCCACAGGGGAAAGUGGUGCAGGUGAUUGUUUGGGGAAACUACGGACGGAUGGACCGGAAAUGCUUCAUGGGUGUAGCUCGAAUCCUAUUGGAGGAGCUGGACCUCAGCACAAUGGUGAUUGGCUGGUACAAGCUCUUCCCUACCUCCUCCAUGGUGGACCCAACGAUGGCGCCACUCAUCCGCCACUCAUCCCAGAUGUCCCUGGAAAGCACCAUUGGGCCGUGUUGUGAGCGAUCCUAAGACUCCCGUUGAAAAUAUUACAAGGUUUUGUUGUCGCAGCUAAGAUUUCAUUGCUGUCUCAACUAAAAUCUUAGGACUCAUUUUUAUACACCCUGUAGCCCUGCGCCUGGGUCAUCCAGGUGGUAAUGCCCCUGGAGCAGGUAAGGUAUCUUACUCAAGGGCACUUUGCCAGGUCCAACCACACUUGGGACUCAACCACUCCCCUGAUUGGGAAAUGACUUUACUAACUAGUAGGUCAUUUUGGCACUCAUUGGUAAUUCUUUUGAUAUUGUAUCAGACUGUUUCCCCGAGACUCAUGGGAAGCACUUUUCUUUUGUUGUUACAACCGGCCGCCCCUCAGACUCACAGGAAAAUUUUGCUCUCUUCAGAUCUCUUUGCUGAAGAAACAAAAUAAAACCCUUCUAAUGAGGAUACUUCAAAGGAGGGCUCGGUUGCCGACAUUGAUUACAUCGUAUUGGGACCACGGUACACGGCGGGCUCAGCUUUGCUUCAGCUACGCGUCUUCUUCACAGCCUACAUUCGAUUCUCAUUCCCAGGACUGCUUGUUGUCUUGCCGUGUCCUCAUUAAAAGGGGGCUGGACGGCUCCUGAGUGUUAUCUGUCAAUCCACGAGUCCGGAGAGGCCCUCAGACUGUUUGAGAUACCAGCCUCCCAUUUUGCAGGAGCAUGGGGACAGCAGAGGAGCAGAGGAAUCUGCUUAUUUGUUGUUACCAACCAAGACAUCUUGGUUUUUGAACACUCUUGACUUGAGCUGUUUUUUUUUUGUGUGUCACACGUUUGGCCCUUCAAUGUUUAGUUCAUUUGGUACUUACUACGUGUACGCGAGUAGAGUAUAGGCAUGAAUGAAAGCCCCUUUUCGACUUGUGGAAGGAUCUAGAUCUCUGCCUGAUCUUGGGGAUUUAGAGUACCGCUGGGUUUCUGUCCUGCCAGUUAGUUCAGACAUUUACAUUUACAUCCUGAUCGGAUUCAUGUGGUUUAAAAGAAGAACUAGCAGGUUCUGAGUUCCCAAAAAAAACAAAAAAACAUGUGCCACUAUGACCCAAUAGCCAUUUUUAUUACAUCAAUGAUGACAUUAGCUGAUUUGACUGAUUAUUGUGUCAUCUCUUCUUGUCAGAUAAAUCAGCUUCUGUUCUGUUUGGUAGGAAUGAAACCCUUGUAGAAAAAGUGAUCUAAGACGACCCAUUUAACCUGGUUGUUUCUUGAAUCUGCAGCAAAUUGAUUGCAUCCGGAUUUACAGCUUAAGCUUAAGAACCUGAAUCUGAUCGCCCCAAAACCGCUUAAUUCCAGCCAGCUGGGAUAAAAGUACAUCGGUAUUUGUUGUGUGUCCGGCACAACCCUCACUGGUGCAUAACAUUAUGCAACGUGGCCACUGAAGAUGCAUUUUAAAAGUGGACAAAAGGAAUAUAAAGACAUCUGGCACCACAACCGAAAUAAAUUGGAUUUAAUGCAUGCAGUAUAUUGUUUUAGAUCAGGGCUGGAAUGCAGAGCGGCUAACCGUACAUGCAUGAGACUGUCACGUCCGAGUGCGGUGUGGUUAAACCUCAUCAGGAUGAAACAGGCAGGUGUAAAUGAGGAGGGGUGGUCUGAAAUGAAAAUGGUUUGUUUGAUUUCGAUCGGUUUAAUUCUCUUCUGUGCUGUUCUUCAUGGAACAGUAACCUGUCAGUGUAGGGCUGGAGUCUUGCUGUAUAUGCCAGUUUAAUUGUAGUUUGGAAUGCUCUUUAGCUUUAGCUGACACUAGAAGUAGAUUUUUAAGAUUCCUCCUCUCUCUUUUUUCUUUUUUUAAAGCUUUGGCUAACAGUUGUCUAAUAAGUUUCUACUGUGCCAAAUUUCUACCAGCAAGUGUCUUCUCCUUCCUCUCCUUCAAUUACCUUGCGGCAUGCGCUUUACUGUGAGGGAGGAACAGAAACAACCACUAACAACAUCUGACAACAGCAUUCAGGCUGUGCACAGAAGCGUCCCCUUUAUUCUAAAUUACAGCCCUAAUCCACAGACUGCCGAGGCACCUGGUGAUUAGCCAUGCUACGACUCAGUGUUGGGGAGAGAGAGAGGAAAGAGAGGGAGGAAAGAAGGGAAAGAGAGAGGAAGGAAGCAUGAAAUGUACUUUGCGUCAUCCAAACAAAGGAAAUGUCUGGACUGAUGUCAGGUUUCACAGAGAGACACAAAAAUAGGAUGAAUUUAAAGGGAGCACAAUGUGCACAUUGUAGAGAAAUUAUAGUUUAUUAAUGAACAAAAAGUAUAUGUAUUUAAUUUGGGCACUUUAUGAUUCUUCUUGUCUUUUUUUUAAUGUGUAAAUAUUAUGGUUGUUAGUGUGUUUUGGAGUGAGCCAAAGUUAAUCUAUAAAGACUUAGUUGAUUAAUGUUAAAAAUCUGAGGGAGGGACGGGAUAUCCUCGUUAGUUACCGUAAGAUUGUAGCAUUAGCUGGUAGCAACCGCAUGACUGAUUAAAACUUCUAAUUAAUUAGCAGACAACUCGAUAAGACUAAGCAUGAGCUAUACGCUACGAAGGAAGAAAAGAGAAUGAAAUGUAUCGUUGUUGGGUGUGGACCCAGCUUUUAAUUGAGGAAUAUGUAGCAAUUUAAUUCAAAGUUUACUGAAUUUCAAUUUGGGCUUUUUCCGUUCACACAACGAGAGGGACAAAAAAAAAAAACACUUUAUUUUUUAACUUUGAAACAGGAUUUCAGAAUAAAAUCGCUUACACAAAUGAACUAAUAUUUUAAAUUAAAAAGAGUAAGUUUACUCUGAAAUAAACUUUUGCAAAAUAGGCCUCUGUUUUGCCAGUAGCAAAGUGUUGCAGGGAUAUUAAUACUGUAUUUAUUUCCAAAACAAAUUAGCAACAUUCUGUGAAGCAAUAAUCAAAAAAAGCAUCCAGUCAUUGCAGUUUUUCAGUUGUUCUGUAGAAACUGUGGGGGAAAUGACGAGCUCAGCCGGUGAUUUGAACCUUUCAAACGUUUGUGAGUCCAAAACGUGUCAAUGCUCGGAUUUAUCGGACAAAAAAAAGAGCUUGAGGUGUUUGGAAAUCACCCGCUGAGAUCUGUCAUUUGAACCCAGCAUUCAUGUUUUUGUUCCAUAACUUAUUCCGGGGAGAGCGUCGCGUACGGAAAUCUCUGUUUACAGAAGGAGCUGGAAUAUAUCAGCCCAUGUAAGGUUACACAUUUCUGGUUUUGGAAAAAAAAAAAACGCAGGAUCGUUUUUUUCAAAACCUUGAAAUGACAUUGAAUAGCAUGGAUUUCAAUCUAAUGAAACUGCCUGGUAGUUAGAACACAAAAGAGGUGAUCAUAGAAAAGAUGUAUAAAUGAAAUAUAUACAUAUACGAGAUAUAAAUAUAUAUUUAAAACAAGUAACUCCUCUUACUGUGACCCAAGGAAUGUGUUUUUGUCAGUGUUCUUUUGUGCCAAAAUUUUAAACAUAUUUAGAGGGCUGAUUUCCCAAUUGAGGACCAAUGAAGGAGGAAAGUUUACACACUUGGCAUCAAAUUUUCUUUCAGCAGAGUACGUCCUGUUCUAAAUAAAUAACUUUCGUCCAAGAAGAAGAACUCUGCGGCCGAAAACAAAAGUAAUAUUGCAUGACGAUGAUCUAGAUUUAGUGAAAAUGGAUCACAAAGAGAGUCAGAAACAAGUUGCAGUGGUAACCAUCAUAGAAGUUUCCCGUCCGUCUACAUCGAACCUGCAGCAGCUGCCUGUACGACGUCAUUAAUAAUCAACAUUAAUCAAGAGCUAAUCGUUCACUGUAGCAUUUGAAGGAUUAAAAAAAAGCAUUCCUAACAGUUCCUCUGGCGGGCGGAGCAGCAUGGCAGCAUGAUGGGUUUUCUAUGAUGGCUACAGGUGCAGUAAACAUGUAUACAGCUGACCCUCGCAAGAACAUGUUCUCGAAUUGUUUUUUGGGGGAGAAACAAAAUAUAUGCCAACGUUUUGCUAGCAGGAUUAAGAGUAAUUAAUGUUUGUUUAAUUAAAAACUGAUUGUGUAAUUUCACUCAUCAGAAAGCUUCUUGUUCACCAGUCUGACUUCUUGUUUGUGACUUUUUUGUAACUUUGAAGGCGAAACGAACGAGCUAACGAACUAUAUAGAUGUUGUAGUUUAACAUAUUCAGCACCAAAAAUGUACCUUUUUGUUUUAUUCGCAGUCGCCCAUAUUUUGAUUGUGUCUGCCACAUGGAUGUUAAUUAUGUACUACUAUCAAUUGUAAUGUAAGUAGAGGCCUUAAACACACCGAUAUACAUUUUGUCAGGGCUAAGGACUAAGAAAUGUCACAUAAAGUAAAUCAAAAUGACGCAAAAAAAGUUUUACAGUGUCACCAUUUCAACCCAUUACUUAAAGUAAGUGUCAUCUAAGGAAAUGAUUAUAUUUGCGUAUGUUCUUAAUGAAUUUCUGAUAUACUGAUAUUUGAACUAUUUGUGUAUUCCCCCACUCCUUGGUGUGGGCUUAAUUCAACAAACUGAGCAAAAAAAAACAAAAAAAAAAGAACAAAAAAAUACAUUUUUGCAGAGUAGAUAUUCAAACAUUCUGACCUGUUUCUUAACAAGACUUAUUUUCUAAACUUAGAACUUACACUAGUGUUUCUCUUUUGAUGUUUGAAUGGUACUUUGUGGUUUCAACCAAGUAGAUUUAAAAAAAAACACCAAGAACAUUCGCAAUUUAGCCAUCGUUAAGAAUCGUACUGGAGUCAUGUUGGGGGGUCUUUUACAUCAUAACUACCUUUUUUUUGGUUGAUAUUCUGCAAAACCUUCUUGUGGCACCAUAAGGAUCAAUGACCAACAUACAGAAAGAGAAAACGUUGAAAGGUAACAUGACCGUCCCCUAAAAUCUUCUCUCAGCCAUAUCCAACAAGGCAAUUCAAUGAUAUGCUCUUUGACGAUCACUGAUGUUAACAUUCAUUCAUCAUUAUGGGAUCCUCACUUGCAAAUAUGUUAUCCAUCGCUCAGGAAACACGAAGUAACAUGCAAACAAGUCUAAAUUGGUGAAUUUAUAGGUGACCAGAAAAUUUUCUUUCGGGCUACAAGAACUCGGAGGUUCCAUGAAUGUUUUGAGAGAAUUUGAUACGAGAUGGCGUCCCAUUAUUAUUCCACUGAAGUGAAUGGAAGCCGCUUGCUUUCGCUUCCACGUCUGCGCCGAUAAAACAUUGGCAAGUCAUGAUGAGGCAUGAAAAAGACACUGAUGCAGCUUCUCAAUACUUUUAACAUUUGUUCUGAUAACACAAAAAGUUCAUAAGCCCGAAGCUUGCAAACAUAUUUAGGGAUGAGCCAGUGAUUACAUAUACCGCAUGCUCUGACUGGUCAUUUUCUUCCAUUGUUGCGUACGUCAUUUCUGUUAUUAUUCAAUGAGCGACCAGAAAAGAUUCCCUCAUUUAGUUUGAAGUUAUUUUAUGUCUUUUAGGCGAUGACCACAGGUAUGUGGAAUGAAAACAGUUCCUCCAGCGUUUGAGUUAACUGCGAUACGACAACAUUUUUAUAUUAUCUGCGAUGCAAAAUGUUGGAAUCUUUUGAUUUUGUUGAGUUCAGGGAUGGCAUAUUUAAGGUAAACUUGAUUAUUUGCACAGGCACAGCUGUAAACUUUCUGUCGGUUUUUGCAGAAGAUCAACCUAAGAAGUGAAUCUGGGUAGAAUUCUCUUUUGAAGUUCUUUUUAAAAGAAACCCGUCUCCUACCCGAGCUUAAAUUGUCCAUCAUAUCAUUUUCCUUUUUAAGUUCAGGGGUUUUACUGAAAGAAGUAGAGCAUUAUUUGUGUCCUUUUCUUUUAGAGUGACAGUGUGUACAUUUCUAGACACAUAUCACAUCAUGUUCUGGUGGAGGAGUGGGAGGAUGAAAGGCUGGAUGCGGCUCCUCUGCGGAUGUUAUGAAACGGUGGCUGGUGGAUCCCAAAAGCAACACAUCUCCUCCAGUCUGCUGUGCUGCAGAGGCAGCGACUCCCAAACUUUUUCCUCAGAGGCAAACCCAACCCUCAUAAAAGUGUUCCCCCACAUGCCAUCUGGAUGAUCGUUUCGUUCAAAGGGUCCCACAUCGAGCGAGGACAUUUUUAGGUUGGGUGACCCCAGUGGGAAUCAAAGUUCCACUGCGGAUCGUAACUUGUGUUUUCUCAACACCAUUUCUUGUUAAAUCACCUCUUGCCUAUCUUUACGAGUUCACAUUUCAGUCACACACACCGGCAUCAACUCAUCGCUCAAUCUUCUCAACCAAUCCUUCUUUUGUUUCUCCAAUAACAGAUGAUACAGAGUAAUUUUAUCACAGCCUUAAAUUCUCAUCUGGAAACCCGUCGUUUGAGGCCUUUUGAGGACACAAAUUUCCAGACAUGACGUCCCUAAAAAACACUACAUAUAAGAAGGUGAUGUUUUGGUUUUGGGAUACGGAGAUGAAACAGUUUUACAGUCAGGAACAUGGGAUAUGGGCAACCGUUGGAAGCAAUGCUGAUGGAAAAUCCUCAGUGAGAGAAAUUCAUCCAGGGAAGGUUUUCUAAGCGUGUUGUAUAUUCUUUCUCUCAGCUACACAUUCCUUUAGUUAAACAGAUUUAAUGAGAGUUGUUCCGUCCUUUCAGACUUGUUGCAUUUGUUGCCCAACGGCAGCGUCCCUGUUCUAAGAAUCACCUAUAGCCAUUUAAGGAUUUCAACUUUCCUUUUUACGAGUAUAUUGUGAUUUUCAAUACUUUACAUCUCAUUUGUGGAUUAGCGUCAAGCAAAAACUAAUAUUAGCAAAGUAUUAAGCAGCAAAUGCCCAUCUGCAUUGCUUUCCAUUUGUUGCUCAUGUAUUACUGCCUCGAGGACCUGAAUGUUAUCAGAGUGACAAAGUGGUGUGACUUUAGUUUCUAUUCACCGCACUGUCAUUUAAAACACAAGUAUAUUUGCAGAUUCUUUGGCAAACUGUUAUAUUGUUGAGUAAAUGCACAAUUUGGUGUAU